UUGUCCUUCCACAUAGAUGUGAGAGAUCCCCAGGGGUGCCUCCUGAUGAACGUAACUGCUGGUUUGAAAGCCACAGGAAUUUCUUCACAUGGCUCCUGAAGAAGUGACCAUCACAGUUCGCCUCAUUCGUUCAUUUGAACACCGCAACUUCAAACCCAUAGUGUAUCAUGGGAUUAACUUGGACCAAACCGUAAAGGAAUUUAUAGUAUUCCUAAAGCAAGAAAUCACCACCAGAGUAUGUGCUGUGAUGAGUGCACUUCUCUCAGUAACUGGGUGUUUGCCUAUGCUUGGAGCACCUGCUGAUGUCCCUUUAAGGACCAGCCUGCCACCACCAUUCAGAAAUUAUAAAUAUGAUAAACUAAAGAUUAUUCAUCAAGCACAUAAGUCAAAGACAAAUGACCUCGUGCUGAGCUUGGAAGACGAUGACAGACUCCUGCUGGAGGAAGGCAGCACUCUGAGAGCAGCUGGCAUCGCCAGUGAGACAGAAGUCGCAUUCUUCUGCGGAGAAGAUUAUGAGAAGUACAAAGCUAAUCCCGUUUCAGCCUGGUGAAGACAUCUCUGGGCCUCCUUUUUUGCAAACGUGUAUUAAGCUCUUUAUUCCACCAGUGAGUUUUGGAAAUUGACAAAUCUUAAAACAUUAAUCUCAGGCUCUGCCAUUUGAGGGAAAAUCUGAUGAUUUCUCUCUGCAGAUCUCAUCUUUCCUGCCCCCUCCACCUCUAUUUCCUCUUGUAAAACAACAACAUAGUAUGAGAAAAAACAAUCUGAUUUCCUCAAAGUGGAAGGAAUUGUUAUUCAAAAGCCAUCAUGGAAUAUUGAUUUUUAAAAUGCAGUUUUCUAUAAUUAGGAAUUGUUUUGAUGACUUGCCUGUUGGGCUUUUUAAAAAGAAUGUAAGACUAAGGUCAGGCUGUUCAUUUUGUAUUUUUCCUGUAGCUUCUGAUUGGGACAGUUAUGACUGUCUUUAUAUUUUGGACGACUGGGGGGCCAUCUUUUAGUUCAGGGAAUGUGCAGUACGCACCACUGGAUGUGAAAUUAGGCAGGUUUUCUGAUGGAAGAGGGUUUCUUUUUCUGUCAUCUCAGCCUACACAAAGAGCCUUGCCAGUGUCCCCCCACCACUCUCUCCUCUCCUUUCCCCCUUCCCCCCAUCCGUCUCUCCCCAACCCCAGCUGUGUUCCUGACUUCAGGAGUAAACUAAUAAAGCCAGACUCAUUGUUUUGGAGGCAA